AUGCAUGUGUAUGAGCACAACUUUCCUGGGUGCAGCUUGACGAGACGAUCGAUCGAGCAUCUCUCGGCUCAAGAUAUUGAGGUUGAUGCGGACAUAUGGCUUCUAAGCCCGCCGUGCCAGCCUUUCUGCAGGGUUGGAAACAAGAUGGACGAACAGGACAACCGCUCGGUCAGCUUCCUGCAUCUCCUGUCGCUGCUCAAAACCAUCAGAAAACCGCCGUCGUUCCUGUUCCUAGAGAACGUGCAAGGGUUCGAAGGUUCACACACCCAUCGUCGCCUGCUCGAGACUUUGACCGCUCGAGGAUUCGACGUAGAGCAGUACUUGCUUUCGCCUAGUCAGCUGGGCAUUCCAAAUAGCCGUCUGCGGUACUACUGCCUUGCGCGGAGGAGAAAUGCCGACGGCAAGAGGGAGGCCACCGACGUCAAAGAGUCGCUUCCCCAGGACAUGGCAGCCGUGCCCUUGCGUCCGCUCUCCGAGUACUUGGUGAGAGGUGUUGUCCGAUGGGGUGUCUUGUCGCGAAGGCUUGUGGAGCCAACAUCACUGUGCUGA